AUGGCUCGCACAAAGCAGACGGCUCGCAAGUCCACCGGCGGCAAGGCGCCGCGCAAACAGCUCGCCACCAAGGCGGCCCGCAAGAGCGCGCCGGCCACCGGCGGCGUGAAGAAGCCGCACCGCUACCGGCCCGGCACGGUAGCUCUGCGCGAGAUCCGCCGUUACCAGAAGUCCACGGAGCUGCUGAUUCGCAAGCUGCCAUUCCAGCGGCUGGUGCGCGAGAUCGCGCAAGAUUUCAAGACCGACCUGCGCUUCCAGAGCUCGGCGGUGAUGGCGCUGCAGGAGGCGUGCGAGGCCUAUCUGGUGGGGCUCUUCGAGGACACCAACCUGUGUGCCAUCCACGCCAAGCGCGUCACCAUCAUGCCCAAGGACAUCCAGCUUGCUCGCCGCAUCCGCGGGGAGAGGAUUCUGCAUAUACGGGAUGUCAUACGCGCCGUAGCGAGGGUGGUUGCAGAAAUGUCUGGACGGGGCAAGGGCGGUAAGGGUCUCGGAAAGGGGGGUGCUAAGCGCCACCGCAAGGUUCUUCGCGACAACAUCCAGGGCAUUACCAAGCCCGCUAUUCGUCGUCUGGCUCGUCGUGGUGGCGUGAAGCGGAUCUCCGGUCUCAUCUACGAGGAGACUCGUGGGGUGCUAAAGGUGUUCCUGGAAAAUGUGAUUCGGGACGCGGUCACAUACACCGAGCACGCCAAGCGCAAAACUGUCACCGCCAUGGAUGUGGUCUAUGCGCUGAAACGUCAGGGACGUACCCUUUACGGCUUCGGCGGUAGUUGGCACUACUUACCAAUGGCUCGCACUAAGCAGACGGCUCGCAAGUCCACCGGCGGCAAGGCGCCGCGCAAACAGCUCGCCACCAAGGCGGCCCGCAAGAGCGCGCCGGCCACCGGCGGCGUGAAGAAGCCGCACCGCUACCGGCCCGGCACGGUAGCUCUGCGCGAGAUCCGCCGUUACCAGAAGUCCACGGAGCUGCUGAUCCGCAAGCUGCCGUUCCAGCGGCUAGUGCGCGAGAUCGCGCAAGACUUCAAGACUGACCUGCGCUUCCAGAGCUCGGCCGUGAUGGCGCUGCAGGAGGCGUGCGAGGCCUAUCUGGUGGGGCUCUUCGAGGACACCAACCUGUGUGCCAUCCACGCCAAGCGCGUCACCAUCAUGCCCAAGGACAUCCAGCUUGCCCGCCGCAUCCGUGGGGAGAGAGCAUAA